AUGACACGCCAAUUAGGUUUUUCAACUUUCUUCAUUACACUGUCGAGUGCAGAUCUACGUUGGAAAGAAUUUAUUGAUACAUUUGUACGUCAUAGUGGAUUUGCAAUUAAGAAAUCAUAUACAUUUGAAGAAAAAACAAAAUUUUUACGAACAAAUCCUGUUCUAGCUGCUCGUUUGUUUGAAAGAAAAUUUACUUCUUUGAUGAAGUCAUUUGUGACAGGUGGAGCAUGCUGUCUAGGAAAUGUAAAAGAUUGGUUUGCUCGUAUGGAAAUGCAAUUACGAGGCUCACCACGUUCACAUAUGCCAACUUGGGUGGAAGGUGCACCUAAAUAUUUUGGACCCCAAACAGAUGAAAAAACUCGCGAAGAAAUUGUUAAAUUUUGUGACAAAUAUAUUACGACACGAUUUCCUUUGUUAGAUGAAGAUGUCGAAUUACAUAAUAUUAUCAAAGAAGUACAAACCCAUUCUCGUAAUCAUUCAAAGUCUUGUUUAAAGUAUCAUAAAACAUUGUGUCGUUUUGGAUUUCCACGACCUGUUGCUCGUCGUACAUUCAUAUGUGAACCAAUGAAAGUUGAUAAUGACGACGACAAAGAAUGCUGUAAAAAAGCAAAAAAACAUUCUUACUGA